AACGGAAAUGAAAGAACGAUAAUUAAGGCAUGUCUUCCGAGUUCUAAAUUUCAUAAAUAACAAUAAAAAUUAAACAUUCAUCUUCUAGAUUCUAGAUUUAGAUCUAGACUCUAGCUAGAUAUAGAUCUAGUGAUUCUAGUCCUAGAUCAAGAUCUAGACUAGAUUCUAGAUUUCGUUAGAAAAGUUAGGGACAGGUCUAGAUCUGCAAGCAUUGUCACAUUACUUACUUUUUGAAAAGGACAAUUUAUUUACUUUUCAUUCAGACUUUUGGAAAUUCAAAUUGGUUCUUUGUAAGACUAACUGUAAGAUUACUUAGACUUUAGACUGACUUCUAAGAGUCUACUUAGAAGUGGAAAAUGAGCAAUCCUGAAAAUUUAGAACCUGAGAUGAAAAACAUCAUUGACAAGCUGGCCAACUUUGUGGCCCGCAAUGGCCCCCAGUUUGAAGAGAUGACCAAACAGAAACAGAAAGAUAAUCCGAAAUUUGCAUUCCUGUUUGGCGGUGAAUUUUACACGUACUACAAGUUUAAAGUGGCUUCAGAGAUAGCCAAGAUGAAUCAAAGUCAGCAGCAGCAACAACAGCAGCAGCAACAACAACAGCAACAGCAGCAACAACAGCAGCAGCAACAACAACACAUCCAACAACAGCUGCUGCCCCCUGCUGUGCUCCAGCCAUUGAUGCCACCAGGAAGGCAGUGGCCCCCACCAACAAAUCCAGUCCAGGAUCAAAUAGCACAAGCCCAGGCUCAGAUAGUACAGCUCCAGGCCCACAUCCAGGACCAGGUGACUCAAAGUGAAAGCAACCUUGCUGCUCAAUAUCAGGCCCUGAUGCAGCAACAACAGAACCAGAUCCAAGAAACUAUAGUGCAGAACCUAGAUGACAAAUUGAACUCGCUGCUGUCGGAGUGUGAUGUCACCAUGCUGGAGUGUAAUGAAGUGGUGCAGCCCAUUAUAGAGUCCUGCACCAAGGAUGCAAUACUGGCUGGUAAGAAUUGGAUCAUGCAGAGAACAACCUCGGAAAAGUUCUGUCAUGCCAUUGCCCAGUACUUCUUAAAAAGAAUCACAGCCAAAGAGGCACCAUUUCAGCUGAGACUCCAUCUUAUUUAUUUGAUCAAUGAUGUUAUGCACCACUGUGUACGUCGUAGCGUUGAGAAUCUCCGCCUUGCAUUAGAGACUGUGGUGGUGCCUGUGUUCUGUACAUCAAGUCUGAGUGCUGAUGAGGACAAAAUACAGAAACUGAAUAAGUUGCUAGAUCUAUGGGAGAAAAACAAGUAUUUCAGUCCAGACACACUUGAGAAAAUGAAAGAUCCUAGCCAGGCUUUGUCUAGUUACCAGGCCAAUUUAAUCACAGAGAAUGCCCAGGCAGUCACUGCUAUCACUCAAGCUAUCCAGCAGCAGUAUAGCAAUCUAGAGAAACAGCAUCAGGACUUUGUGACACAUUUGAAUGUUCAGCUUGCCACAGCCCAACAGCAGUUGCAGGUUCUGCUUGCACAGACCAACAAUGGGCCACCACCAGAUGUUGGCGAUUUUAAUCCAAUACCAGGUGGCAAUAUGGUUGGACAGAUCCCAGGUCUGCUGGCCUUUCCACCACCUAAUGUUCCAAGUGUGCCAGAACAAGGCUACAACCAAAAUGGUGGACCCCCUGGGAUGUAUGGUGGACUACAUCACCAGCCUCAGCAACCACAGCAGUUUGAGUACAACCAUGGUUCUAAUAUGGCGAUGUUACCAUCAGAUUUGCAAGGUCUGCCUGGUGGGCUCCUGCCCAUGCCAGACUUUAGUAAGCCACCACCAGGGUUUCCACCAUUGGGGCCUCUUCCUCCAGGUCUUGCUGCCAUUAUUCCUCAAGUGGACCUUGACCUUACUCCGUCAGUUCCUUACUAUGAGUUACCUGCAGGUCUGCUUGCGCCUUUAGUCAGACUUGAGGAUUUUGAAUACAAGCCUCUAGAUCCUGAGCACAUUCGUCUGCCUCCACCAAUGCCUCCAAGUGAGAGACUUUUGGCUGCUGUUGAGGCUUUCUACCAGCCUCCCUCCAGAGAAAGGCCAAGAGAUGGUGAUGGCUGGGAGAAACUUGGUUUAUAUGAAUUCUUCAGGGCCAAACAGCGCGCCAGAAGAAUGAAAGAGGAAGGCAGAUACUCCAGGUCCAGAUCACGGUCUAUGUCACCUAAUUAUCUGGAAAUGAGUCCUCCACGUCGGAGGUUCAACAGUGAGGAGAGGAGACAACAAUCACGCUCAAGGUCCAGAUCCAACUCUAGGUCACCAUCACGGAGUCCAAGAAGAAGACAACAGAGAUCAAGGUCAAGGUCUCCCAUGGGCUACUUACGGUCCAAUGAUUCACCGUCCGCUGGUCAAGGUCCACCACUAAGGCGAUCAAUGUCUCAUGGAAGAAGUCCCACACCUCCAUCUUUUGGGUCCUCCUUCUCUCAGUCUCCACUUGACUCGAGGCUAGGUGAGGAAAAUAAAGGUCAUCAGCUGCUCAAAAAAAUGGGUUGGGGCGGCCGUGGACUGGGUGCUGGUGAGCAAGGCAUCGUAGACCCCGUGGAGGCAGCUGAGGUCAGGGAUCGUUUGGACAUGCACAAAGGAAUUGGCAUUGACCUUCGUGAUCCAUUUGAACAGUUUCGCAAAAAUAAAAGCCAGGGCUUCAUCCAGCGAAUGAAGACGAGAGAUGAAGAAAAACCCAAGAAGAGAUCAAGAUUCAACGAGUAAAAAAAAGUCUCUGAUUUUGUCUUGGACUGUGGUGCAAGUUUUGGUUUUUAUAUUGUUGUUGUCUCAAGUGAAGGGGUGAAGGUCAUCACCGAACAUUGAACAAAUGUAUUCUCAGUAUUUUGUUUCAUUGUUAGUAAGAUUCUAUGAAUUGAAGAGUUGAUGUGUUUUUUUGUAUUCAUCUUGUGAGAAUAAAUUGUGAUGAUUAAAUUUAAAAAACAA